UUGAGGAUAUGGCAACGAUGUCAUAUUUUAAAUUUAGAUCCAGUCACAGAACAAUAAUUUCGCUAGUUAAUGCGGGGUUGCCACCACCUCAGAACCGCGUGAAAUAGAAGUCAGGGAUUUCGAUUACGAUAUGAGUUACAGAAUACCAAUCCAAACACAAAAAUGAUGCGAUAGAUAUCAAACAUUCCGAUUUUGGGUAAUUACGAUUCGACUUGGUCAUUUCUAUUCGAUUUGUUAAAAGUUACAGAAUAGGGCUGAUUGAAUUGUAAUUAAAAUAUCAAGUGUUCAUAUCAUUGAAAAAUAGAUAUCAAAAAAUUAUUGUAUAUUAUGUAGAAGCACUGAAAACUAUUUAUGAAUGGCAACGGUGUUUACAUUUCUCUGUCUUUACAAACGUCUUGUAAGUUGUCAAAAGUUUGUUUACUUUUUAAGUUAGAUGAGGAAGAGUUGUUUUUCGCUAUUUUGGGUCUAUUUUUUUGUGAAAAGUGAAAUACAAUUAUCAUAAUAAUGGUGCUAGAGCAGUGGUUCCCAACCUUUUAUGUCUGGCGACACACCUUCUGAUGUUUUUUCAUAUUCACGACCCAUCCCUUACCCAUGAUGAUAUAUAAUGUACCUAGGCUACUCAGCUACUGUAAGGGCCACGCUGCGACCCACCUGAAACCUGCCCGCGACCCACCUGAAACCUGCCCGCGACCCACUAGUGGUGUAUUGGGAUUCACAGCAUCUGUUAGUGUCUCUUGCGAAGACAUGCAAAAUGAUGCAAGCAAUCUAUUAAACUAUACUGGAAAUAAUUUGAACAAAAACUUAACUGCUACUACGGAUGUGAAAACUGAAGAAAAUCUUUUUAGAUGUGAAUUUUGCUCCAAACAAUUAACAAGAAGUUCUACUUUAAAAAGACAUUUGAGAGUGCAUACCGGAGAAAAACCAUUUAGAUGUGAAAUAUGCACCAAACAGUUUUCAACAAACAAAUAUUUAACUAGACAUAUGAGAGUGCAUACUGGUGAAAAACCAUUUGAGUGUAAAAUAUGCGCCAAACAUUUUUUAAUGAAACAACAUUUAAAAUCGCAUAUGACAGUGCAUACUGGUGAAAAACCAUUUAGAUGUGAAAUUUGCAGCAAAGGGAAAAUGCAUACUGGGGAAAGACCUUUUUCCUGUGAAAUAUGCAACAAAGAGUUUUCAUACAGUUCGCACAUAAAAGUGCACAUGAGAGUGCAUACUGGUGAAAAAUUUACAUGUGAAAUUUGCGCUAAAGAAUAUGCAGAUAGUAAAGGUUUAAAAAGACACAUGACAGUGCAUACUGGUGAAAAACCUUUUACGUGUAACGUAUGCAGCAAACAGUGUUCACAUAGGUAGUUCUACUUUACAAUUACAUGUAAGAGUGCAUACUGGUGAAAAACCAUUUGAAUGUGAAAUUUGCAGCAAACAGUUUUCAAUCAAACAAGAUUUAAAAAGACACAUGAACGUGCAUACUGGUGAAAAACCAUUUGAGUGUAAAAUAUGCGCCAAACAUUUUUCAAGAAAGUCAGUUUUAAAGAGUCAUUUGACAGUGCACACGGGUGAAAAGCCUUUCACCUGUAACGUAUGCAGAAAACAGU